AUGUCACUUGAAAAGAAGAUUAGAAAUUUCUUACAAGGUCCUAGAAAAGGGGAAGCUUAUGAAUUGAAAAGUGGUUUGGUGAGUCAGUAUAAACAUGAAAGAAAAGAUGCCAUUCAACGAGUCAUUCAAGCUAUGACUUUGGGUAAAGAUGUUUCAUCAUUAUUCCCUGAUGUUUUAAAAAACAUUGCAACCUAUGAUUUAGAACAAAAGAAAUUGGUUUACCUUUAUCUUAUGAAUUAUGCAAAGACCCAUCCAGAAUUGUGUAUUUUGGCCGUGAACACUUUUGUUCAAGAUACUGAAGAUCCUAAUCCUUUAAUUAGAGCUUUGGCUAUAAGAACUAUGGGAUGUAUCAGAGUCAACAAAAUGGUCGAUUACAUGGAAAUCCCAUUGCAAAGAACAUUGAAAGAUGAAAACCCUUAUGUUAGAAAGACAGCUGCUAUAUGUGUAGCCAAAUUAUUUGAUUUAAAUCCUCAAGUUUGUAUUGAAUUUGGAUUCUUAGAUGAUUUAAAGAAUUUAGUUAAUGAUGGGAACCCAAUGGUUAUUUCCAAUGCUUUAAACAGUUUAUAUGAAAUCAAUGAUUUGAAUAAAUCUAAAGAUUUGGAUAUUUUGAUCAUAAAUUAUGAUUUGAUCAAGAAUUUAUUAUUAGUUCUUAAUGAAUGUACUGAAUGGGGUAGAAUCACCGUAUUAAAAUGUCUUAAUGACUAUAAUUGUAAUUCAGCAGAAGAAGCUAAUCUUAUUAUUCAAAGAGUCAUACCCCAAUUACAACAUAUAAACCCAGCUAUUGUUUUGUCAUCAAUCAAAACAAUCUUAAAGCAUAAUCAAUUACUUCAAAAAGCAUCACAAGAUGCUAAUUUAAAGAAAUUGAGUAGUCCAUUGAUUUCAUUGAUUUCGAACCCAAUCCCUGAAGCUCAAUAUGUUGGUUUAAAGAAUAUCAGAAUCAUUUUAGAGAAGUAUCCUGAUAUCUUAUCAAAAGAAUUAAGAGUUUUCUUUAUCAAAUAUAGUGAUCCGUUAUAUUUGAAAUUGGAAAAAUUAGAUAUCAUGAUCAGAUUAAGUAAUGAAAAUAAUUUCAAUUUAUUAUUGAAUGAAUUGAAAGAAUAUUCAAUGGAAUUUGAGCCUUCAUUAAUCAAAAAAUCUAUUAAAUCUAUUGGUUUAAUUGCUAUCAAAUUACCAACUUCCAUAAUCAAAUGUAUUAAUUUGAUAAUUGAAUUGAUCGAUAAUAGAGGUGGUGAAUUAAUAAUCAAUGAAUCUAUUAAUUGUUUAACCACUAUAUUAAGAAAGUAUCCUGGUAAAAAUGAUUUGAUUACAUUGAUUUUACCAAUUAUUUCAAACAACUUCAAAAUCGAUGAAGCUACUCAUGAAUCUAUUAUGAGCUAUAUUUGGUUAAUGGGAGAAUACCCUAAUUAUUUCACAGGUUUAACUAAAAUUUUAUCAUCACUUUGGGAAAAUAACUUCAAUGAAUUUAAUAAUGAAAUCAAAUUGAUUUGGUUGAAUUCCAUCAUAAAAAUUAAUCUUAAUAAGAAUUUGAAUAAUGAAAUCUAUUCAAACUUAUUACAAAAGACCUUAAAUGAAAUCACUGAAAAUUGUGAUGAUAUUGAUUUAAGAGAUAAAGCAUAUAUUUAUUGGAGAUUAUUAUCCGUUAAUGAUGAACAAUUGACUGAUAAGAUUAUCUUACAUAAAUUACCACCUAUUGAUUCUGUUAUCAAAAAUUUCAGUCCACAAAUUUUGAAUGAAUUAAUCAAUGAAUUAGGUACAUUAUCAACAAUUUAUGGUAAACCAAGUUCAACAUUCAUUGAAGCUCCAUCCAAUGAAAUCAAACAAGUUACUGAAGAAAAGGAAAUUAAAGAUGAAAACUUGUUAGAUUUUGAUGAUGAGGAAGAAGAAGGAGGUACUACUACAAAGAAUGAGAACAUUUUGGAUGAAUUGAGUGAUUUAUUCACUAAUAAUCUGAAGAGUGAAACUGAUGAUAUUUUGAAUUUAUUCAAUGAAAUGAAUAUAACACAACCUUCACAACCAUCCCAAACUUCAUCACAAUCUUCCCAACCUUCAAAUUCUAAAAAUAUAGAUGAUUUACUUGACUUAUUUUGA